UUUGGGAUUCAGUGUAAUUGUUUUUGCCUCUGCAUUUUUUUCAUAAUUUCCAUAUGUAUAUGUGAUUUUGUAUGUAUAGUUGACAAUCUCUUUACUUCUCUGAAGUACUGAGUUAUACUUCUAGGUGUGACAAGAAAUGGUGCGAGCAUACAAAGUAAAAGGUGAAAAGAGAAAAAAGAAAGGAAAGAAUUAUGAUAAAGAAGAAGAAGAAAUAGAGGAACAUGUGGAAGAGGAAUCAGCAGGGUCAGAAAAAAGAGCGAAAACCGAACACACUUCGGCGGAUACUGAGGCAGCUGAAAGAGUUGUAGAUUUACUAUCUGGCAUUCCUGUUGUUGCAACUGAUCACAGCACGAAUAAACCUGGUGUUAUUUUCAUUAUCGAAAGAGCUUCUCUCGAAAUCGCUAAAAUUGGAAAGACUUACCAACUUCUGAACUCUGAUGAACACUCCAACUUUCUGAAGAAGAAUGGUCGAAACCCUUCUGAUUAUCGGCCUGAUAUUGCUCAUCAGGCAAUGCUCUCAAUUCUAGAUAGCCGAGUAAACAAAGCUGGGCGAUUAAAAGCUUUGUAUGUGAGGACUGAGAAAGGUGUCCUUUUUGAAGUAAAACCUCAUGUUCGUAUCCCUAGGACAUUUAAGCGAUUUGCUGGCAUCAUGUUGCAGCUGCUACAAAAGCUGAACAUAACUGCUGUUGGUAAGCGAGAGAAACUGUUACGUGUUAUAAAAAACCCUGUUACACAGUACCUACCCAUCGACUGUCGGAAGAUAGGAUUCUCUCAUAGUUCUGAGAAGCUGGUGGAUAUUCAGGACUAUGUUAAUGGCAUCAACAAUGACAUGAACCUUGUUUUUGUGGUUGGGGCUAUGGCCCAUGGGAAAAUUGAUAAAGAUUAUGUCGAAGAUUAUUUAUCAAUUUCGGAUUAUCCAUUGAGUGCUGCAUACUGCAUAUCAAUGAUCACGAAUGCUGUGGAGCGCAAAUGGAAGAUUUUGUAGACUUGUACCUCCUAUAUUAUCGCAAGAUGUACUUUCUAGAAUGCUAUCCUUACUAGCUUUCUUUUUAUAGGCUUUCUGGCUGGUUAAGCUAGUGUUGUGUAAAAUAUUAAAAAGUGGCAAAUGACCCUCUUCUACAUUUUUGAGUGCCCUUUUUGUUCGUUUACUAUCAAUUUCAAACAGCCGUCUUCCUGUCGUCAA